AUGUGUACUUGUCCUAAUUAUAUAUUAAGUGCCUAUAUCUUAAGGUUCCUGCUCAAUAGUAUUUUUAUAAUCUUUAAAGUAUCCCAAGCCACUGUAGAUUUAAAUGCCGCCCAGUUACAAUAUUUAGCCAAUCACUUAACUCCGGAAGAAUGUAGAAGAUUGGUGGCUUCAGCUCAUUUUAAAAUUAUUCAAGCUCCAAAAAUUUUAGAUCAAGCAGAAAGGAAAAUGCCAAAAGAUAUUUCAUGCAUUGAACAUCUUUACCAUUGGAAUUCAGAAGAGGGUUUGGGUAAAGGUGAAAGUCAUGCAUUUUUGACACACAGACUGAGACAAAUGGGAAAAUACCAAUUAGCAGAAUGGUUAGGUAAAACUGUAUUUCAAGAAAUUGGAAGGGAUUUGGAAAAAAGUGUUAAAGAAGGAUUGGAUACAUUUCUAGAGGAAAGGUACAUAGUCGCCAUGCAAGUUCUUAAUUCUGGAUUUUUGCUGUAUUGCAGGGUAACAGAUCAAACUUUUAUAACUAUACAAACACUACAUCCGAAAAUUGAAGAUCCAACUACAUAUACUAAUUUCGAUUCAUUUUUGUAUAUGAUUGCCAUAGCAAUUAUAUUAACUAUUUUUGGAUUAUGUAUAAAAAUUAUGUAUGAUAAAAUUAAGGAAAAUAUUAAAAGACGGAGACUAACAAAAUCAAAAAUUUAUGAAGAGAUAGAAACCGAAUCAUCAGGAUCAGAGUCUGAAGACAGAUUUGAUAUAAGGACUUACACAUGA